UCCUCUAUGAGUGUAGAGACCAAAAGAGAGAGAAAUGGGGUGAAACUGCACUGUCUCAGUUUGCUGCAGCUGGAGUUUUCCUAUCAUGGCUGCUGAUCACAACUCCAUUGCCGGUGUUUUUAUUCUUUUGGAUUCUACUUGAUCCCAAUAGGGUGGAAAGAAUCUCUCUUUUACAGUCUUCAUUGAAGCCCAAUUGGUUCCUUUGAAUGUGGAUGGUGUUGUUUUCGCACCAGUAGUCAUUUAGUUCAGUUGCUGAUAAGAAAUCCUGCGUCUGCUGCCAGUCAAAUUUUUUUGGUGCAAGGAACAAAGAACAGAACUGCAAAGCUGGAUACUUACUUGGUGGUGGAAGCACAUUGAACUCAUACUCUGGCCUGGAUCCAUUUUCUGAGGCUUUGUUAUUUGUAUAGGGACCCAUCAUUUGCCAAGUCAAAACCAGUUUUCUUGUUGUGCUGUGCUGUGAUCAUGGCAACCCUGUCACAAUCUGACUCCAGACGCUUGUAUUCUUGGUGGUGGGAUAGCCACAUUAGCCCAAAGAACUCAAAAUGGCUUCAGGAAAAUCUUACAGAUAUGGAUGCUAAAGUCAAAGCAAUGAUCAAGCUCAUUGAAGAAGAUGCAGACUCUUUUGCAAGGAGAGCAGAAAUGUACUACAAGAAACGCCCCGAGCUUAUGAAAUUAGUUGAAGAGUUCUAUAGAGCUUAUCGUGCAUUGGCUGAGAGGUAUGACCAUGCAACUGGGGAGCUUCGGCAGGCUCAUCGAACCAUGGCAGAAGCAUUUCCCAACCAGGUACCUUAUGAACUGGCCGAUGAAUCAUCCUCGGGGUAUUAUGGCCCAGAGGCUGGACCUCAUACACCAGAAAUGUUGCAUCCAGUUCGUGCCUUAUUUGACUCUGAUGACUUGCAUAAGGAUGCACUGGGACUCUCUUCAACUGACUUGCAUGCUCUCAAAAGGAAUGGGGGCUCUGACUCUGGAAUUAGCAAAAGAGGACUAAAGCAGCUCAAGGAAAUGUUUGAUCCAGGAGAAGAAUCUAACCCAAAGGUUACUGAGGGAAGGUUUACAGGAGGCUGGAAUUUUCAUGAAACAGAUGAGAGCAAAUCAAAGGUACAAAAUGGGUACUCUCAGUUAACAAGUGAGAACCAGAGCCUAAAAAACCAGCUCCUCUCUCAAUCUGAGCGUGCUGCAAAAGCUGAAACUGAAAUCCAAAUCUUACAGAAAACUCUGUCUGAGAUACAAGCUGAAAAGGACACAGUCCAUCUUCAGUACCAGCAGAGUUUGAAGAAGUUAUCUGAGCUGGGGAAAGAACUCAAUAAUGCCCAAGAGGCUGCUGGAGGGCUCAAUGAACGAGCCAGUAAGGCUGAUAUUGAAAUUAAUAUACUGAAGGAAGCUCUUGGCGAAUUGGAAGCUGAGAGAGAUGCUGGUCUUCAUCAGUACAAUCGCUGUUUGGAAAGAAUAUCUAGCCUGGAGACCAUGUUAUCAUUUUCCCGAGAUGAUGCAAAAGGACUUAAUGAGAGAGCUAUUAAAGCAGAAACCGAAGCUCAAAAUCUCAGUCAAGAACUUUCAAAAUUAAAGGCAGAAAAGGAAUCUUGUUUUCUCAAGUACAAGCAAUGUCUUGAGAAGAUAUCUACUCUGGAGGCUACAAUCUCAGUUGAUGAAGAAAAUGCCAGAAUCCUCAAUGAACAAAUUGAAAGAGCUGAAAGUGAAGUUAAUUCACUGAAGGAAUUAGUCGCUAUGCUGACCAAAGAGAAAGAAUCUGCAGCUCUACAGUUCAAGCAGUACAUGGACACAAUAGCUAAGAUGGAGAGAGCACUUUCUCAAGCUCAAGCCGAUGCUGAGAAAUUGAACAGUGAAAUUUUGACCGGGGCAGCAAAAUUAAAGGAUGCCAAAGAACAAUGUGUUCUCUUGGAGAGGUCAAAUCAGUCUCUGCGGUUAGAGGCAGAUGGUCUGGUGAAGAAGAUUGCAACCAAAGAUGAAGAACUUUCAGACAAGAAUGAUGAGAUGGAAAAGCUUCAGAGUCUCAUGCAAGAGGAGCAUUUGCGGUUUGUGCAAGCUGAAGCCACUCUCCAAUUUCUGCAGAAGCUGCACUCUCAAUCCCAAGAAGAGCAGAAAGCUUUAGCCUUGGAGUUCAAAAAUGGGCUUCAGAUGUUGAAGGAUUUGGAGACAAGCAAACAUGGCAUGGAGGAUGAUAUGCAACGGGUUAAGGAAGAAAAUAAGAGCUUGAAUGAAUUGAACUUCUCCUGUACCAUCUCAAUUAAGAACCUGCAAGAUGAAAUCUUUAGCAUGAAGGAGAUGAAAGAGAAACUUGAAGAGGAGGUUAAGCUUAAGACAGACCAAAGCAAUGCUCUACAGGGGCAAAUUUCUCAUUUGGAGGAUGAAAUUAAGGGGUCAAAUGGAAGAUAUCAGGCUAUAGUGGAGCAAGUGGAGUCAGUAGGUUUAACUCCUGGAUGCCUUGUUUCAUCUGUGAAAGACUUGCAAAAUGAAAAGUCAAGACUAGAAGAUAUCUGCACAAGGGAUAGAGAGGACAGAGAACAUCUGUAUGAGAAGUUGAAGGAUAUGGGUAAACUUUCAAAGGAGAAUGCUGUUCUGGAGAGUUCACUAUCAGGUCUAAAUGGGGAGUUGGAGAGUUUGAGAGGGAAGGCAAAGGAAUUGCAGGAGUCUUGCCACUUCCUUCAAGGAGAAAAAGCCACUCUUGUUGCUGAGAAAUUUGCCCUGCUUUCCCAAUUGCAAAUUAUCACUCAGAAUAUGCACAAGCUUUUCGAGAAGAAUUCAUCACUGGAAAGUUCCCUCUCUGGAGCAAAUAUUGAGCUGGAAAGGUUGAGGGCAAGAGCAAAGAGCUUAGAAGAUCUGUGCCAGUCACUCAGUAAUGAAAAGAUCAAUCUUCUUAAUGAGAGAGGCACCCUGGUAUUUCAGUUAAAUGAUGUUGAGGAGAGACUGAGAAGCCUGGAAAAGAGGUUUAAAAAAUUAGAGAAGAAGUACUCUAAAAUGGAGAAGGAGAAAGAGUCCACACUUGAUGCAGUAGAAGAAUUACGGGGUUCCUUGCAUGCAGAAAAACGAGAGCGUGCUAGUUAUGUUCGGUCAAGUGAAUCCCGAUUGGCAGGUCUGGAAAGCAAUGUCCAUCUCCUGCAGGAAGAGAGAAAGUUGGGAAAGAAAGAAUUUGAACAAGAACUAGAUAAAGCUGUGAAUGCCCAGAUUGAGAUCUUUGUCCUUCAGAAGUUUAUUCAAGAUCUGGAAGAAAAGAAUUUGACGAUAUACACUGAAUGCCAGAGACAUGUUGAGGCCUCCAAGUUUUCUGAUAAGCUGAUCAAAGAGUUGGAGAAUGAAAAUCUUGAGCUGCAGGUGGAAGAAGAAUUCUUAGUAGGAGAAAUCGAAAAGUUGAGGUUGGGAAUCUAUCAAGUGUUCAGGGCUCUGCAAAUUGAAACAGGUACACAUGAAGAUAAGAGUGAGCGAGAAAAGGUACUUGUGCUGCAGAUUUUGAAUGCUAUCAAGGACUUGAAAAGUUCUCUGGUGCGGAGCAAAGAUGAGGAGCAGCAGUUGCUGGUUGAGAAUUCAGUGCUCUUAACUCUACUUGGGGAGCUGAGAUCAGAAGGUGCACAACUAGAGUCAGCAAAACAAACUUUGGGGAAGGAGUAUGAGGUAAUGGCAGACCAUUGUGCUGCGCUACAAAAUGACAAGCAUGAGCUUCUAGAGAUGCAAAGGCAGUUGAGGUUGGAAGUAACUGAGAAAGAGCAAAAGGAGGAAGUAUUAGAGGCUGAAGUAGAAAGUCUUCAAGGUAAGCUGGUGACUCUGCAAAAUGCAUACCUAAGUUUGCAGGAAGAACAAUCCAAGGUGCUUGAUGAAAAGAGAUCCUUGCUUAAAAAGCUUUUUGACCUGAAAGAGGAAAAGCAGAUCAUCGAAGAGGAUAAUAAUGUUAAUUUUCAUGAAGCACUAGCUUUCAGCAACCUCUCUAUGGUUUUAGAGAGCUUCACAAUUGAGAAAGCUGUGGAACUUAAAGCACUUGCUGACAAGCUUGAUGAUCUUUCUGCUACAAACAAUAAUCUUAAAGAUGCAGUUGGAACGUUGGAGGAGAAAUUAGUGGUGAAAGAUGUAGAAAAUCAACAUCUGAAUGAGAUAUUUCAAUUGUUGGACAAUGAAUUGUGUGAAGCCAAUGACUUAAAUGGUCUACUGAACCAUCAAAUUUCAAUUGGAAAAGAUUCUCUCAAACAGAAAACCAUGAUGCUCUCAGAGGUAGAAGAGAAGCUUCAAAUGACAGAAGAUUUGAACAUGGAAUUAUGCAGAACUGUUGAGGAGCUGAAGAUGGAAUAUGAAGAGUCAAAGUUGAUGGGUCGGAAUUGUGAGAGGCAGAUUCUCCAACUAUCUGAUGUUUGCACAAAUCAGAAAAAUGAAAUGAAUAGCCUUUGCGAAGCAAAUGAAACUCUUGAAGAUGAAAUCCUAUGCAAGGCUAUUGAAAAAGAAAUAGAAACUCUGCACCUGAAUGAGACAGUCCAUUUGUUGGACAAAGAAUUGUGUGAAGCCAAGGACUCGAAUGAUCAACUAAGCCAUCAAGUUUUACUUGGAGAAGAUUGUCUGAAACAGAAAACUACUGAGCUUAUAGAAGCAUUAGAGGAGCUUAGACAGACAGAAGAUUUGAAUGUUGAACUAUGCAGAAAUGUUCAGGUACUGAAGGUGCAACAAGAAGAAUCAACACUAACAAGAGAAAAGUAUGAGAAGGAGAUUGUGGAACUAUCCAAAGAUAUCACGGAUAAGAACAUGGAGAUUGAGAGCCUCCGUGAAGUAAAUGGAACUUUGGAGGUUGAAGUGGGUGUCUUAUGGGAAGCAAUUGAAGAAUACAAAAUUAGAGAAGACUACAUGAGUACAGAGCUGCAAGAAAGAAGCAACGAGUUUGAACUUUGGGAGGCUGAGGCCACAACUUUCUACUUUGAUCUUCAUGACUCUGCUGUCCGUGAGGUUUUUCUUGAAGACAAGGUUCAUGAGCUUACAGAAGUUUGCGAGAGAAUUAAAGAUGAAGAUGCUGCAAAAUCUGUGGAAAUUCUACAAAUGCAAGAAAGAGUUGGUCUGUUGGAAAGUGAAGUUGGAGGUCUGACGGCCCAGUUGUCUGCGUUUGCUCCCGCAAUAGCCUCUUUGAGAGAGAAUGUAAUUUCUCUUCAGCAGAGUGCCCAUCUCAGAAAGAAGCUUUCAGUGGAAAACAGCCAGCAACACAAGGAUGAUGGCCUGCCAAAUAAUCUAUAUCAGAUAAGCACUCAAGAUUACAAAGAACAAAACACUGAUAUACCAAAUGGACUAUCCGAGUUGGAAGAAAUGCAGAUUAUGAUCAAAGAAGUUGAAAAAUCAGUUAUUGAGGAAGCGAAAAGGCUUUCAAUUGAACUAGUUGAGAAGGAAAUGGUGGAAGAAAUCGAAAGGCUUACAACAAUGGAAAGAACAGAGGCUUCGCUGAGUGGAGAUUUAAAAUCAAAAGGUAAACUGAACCAAGAAUGUGGUAACAAAGGAGAAGAGGUUGAACGUUGGAAUCAGUACACUGAUGAUAAUCUCAAGUCGAGUAAACCUGAAGGUAGGCUUUCGACGAAAGAUAUUCUGCUUGAUCAUGUUUCAGAUUGUUCAUUCAAUGGAAGAAGCAAGAGAAAGAGCGGUAGGGUUGAUGAUAAGAUGCUCGAGUUAUGGGAAUCAGCUGAGCAGCAUUGCCUCCAGGAUCCAAUGACCAAUAUUAGUAAAAAUCAGACAUCCCCACCAACUGAAGAUGUCACCUCCUACCCUCGGUUCGCCAACUCGCAGAGGACAAGUCGAAAGUCUUCAUUUGAAGUUCAGGUUGAGAAGGAAUUGGGCAUCGACAAUCUGGAAGUGUCCUACAACAUUCGACAAUCAAGUCAUGAUGGCAGGAAGGAAAAUAUAUUAGAGAGGCUUGCUUCUGAUGCUCAGAAAUUGACGAUUCUACAAACCUCUGUGCAAGACUUGCAUAAGAAGGUGGAGUCCAACAAAAAGAGUAAAAAGAUCAACAGUGCUGAAUACGAAAAGGUGAAAAGACAGUUGCAUGAAGUUGAGGAUGCAGUUGUGCAGCUGGUAGAUGCUAAUGAUCACUUGAAAAAGAAUGUUGAAGAGUUUCUAUCUUUGGACGAGCAAACUUCCACAGAGUUGGAGGAGGUCGGAAAUGUGAGCAGAGAGACAGUAACCGAACAAGCAUCGAAAGGAUCUGAGAAGAUUGGAAGGCUGCAGUUUGAGCUGCAGAACAUCCAAUAUGUUUUGACGAAAUGGGAGGGUGAAAAGAAAAGAAAAGGGAGACAUGGAUUUUAUGUGAGUAGAACAGGUCUUCUCCUUAGGGAUUUCAUUUACAGUGGCAGAAGUAGUAGUGAAAGGCGCAAGAAGGGUUGUUUAUGUGGUUGUAUGAGACCAUCGGCCAAUGUUGAAUAAGGUAGCCCCUUGGGAGGAAAGCCUUCCUUUAUUUUCAGCAAGUUUCCUUGUAACAGUCCUGCUGUUUUAUGUUCAGUGGGAUCAUUUCUUGGAUUAGUUAGUGAAAAAUUAAACUGUAUUAGCUUUUGGAUUCUGUGUAAAAAUUAGGUUUUAUCUAACCAUAAUAGUCUGCUGCUUUGUUCAGCUUUCUAUCUCAUAAAAAUAAUAGCCAUGUCCUUUUGAUGGAGAAAUUUGGUUACUGCUUUUAUACUUCAUAGUUUUUGGUAA